GCCACGGUUGCGACUGGGGGAAGACGUGUCGGUGCCGGCUCGGGCGAGGUGUCUUUGGGCAAACUCUCAGCACAGCUGCCGCCGCCUACAGAAGCACCGGCCGAGGGUGGCAAGAUGGUGGCUGCCUCGGAAUACGGUGCUCCUCUUCCAGAAGCUCCCGCAGAGGACACGCACGGAUUGUUGGAAGAAAUGCUAGCACCACCAGAGCGUGAUGAGUUCGGCAAGCUGCCGCUUGAGGACACAACUGAGGCACCCCCAGAGGACGAUGACGGUCUGCUGGCUCCAGAGGAGACGGAUGGCGAUCAUCUGGAUGAGAUUCCUGAGGCACCAAGGGAAGUGGGAAGCUACCAGCAUCAACAGCAUCACUACAGCGGUCACCAUCAGUACGGUCAUCACGGACCCUAUGUCUCUCAACUUGCGAGCUACGGAUCCCACGGCCACCACGGGCCCUAUGCUCUUGCGAGCUACGGCUCCCCAGGCAUGUAUGGUCAAGGUGCUGAUGGCAGCUAUGGUAGCUAUGGCAUGUACAGCGCGGAUGGGUUUCAGCAACUGUACCAACCGUACAGCGGCUACGCAUAUCACCUUUCAGGCCUUGGCAUGGCACCAAUGGCGCCUCAGCCUAGUCAGCAUGUGCAAAUCUCCAGCGGUCAAGCUGGACAGAUGGUGACAUCUCCCAGCCACCAGGCUGCGCCGUCUAAGCCGGCGAAGCCGGAAACUGCCGCAAAACUUCACGUGACUGGGCAGAGGCGGGCUGUAACCGUCGGGGUAAACUACAUCGGCACCGAGAACGAGCUGCGCGGUUGCAUCAACGACUCCGACACCUUCAUCACGCUCCUCACCGAGGACUUCGGCUUUAGCGUGUCGGACAUCCGCCAGCUCCGAGACGACCAUCCGCAGCGGAUGCCGACAAGAAAGAAUAUAUCCGCUGCCUUGCAGUGGCUGGUGAAGGGUGCUGCUGCAGGAGACCAUCUCUUGUUCCACUACAGCGGCCACGGUUCUCAAAGACGUGAUUCCAGUGGCGACGAGGCAGAUGGCAAAGACGAAACCAUCGUGCCUUGCGACUUCAACAGGUCUGGCAUGAUCGCUGAUGAUGAGCUCAGGAGAAUGCUUGUCGACGGGCUGCCAAAGGGUUGCCGCCUGACAGUGAUCAUGGACUGCUGUCACAGUGGGACAGGAAUGGACCUGAGUUACAAGGCCAAAGUUCUGCACGACGGCUCUCUGACGAUCCGGGCAGUCUCGAGCAGGCAGAGGCAUCCGACAGGAGCUGAAGUUGUGCUGCUGUCAGGCUGUAGAGAUGUCCAGACGAGCACUGACAUCUCAGGGGGCGUCGCUGGAAACAAGGCCGCAGGUGCGAUGACCACGGCUUUCAGAAAGGUGAUUUCGAAGAAGAGAGACAUCUCGUAUCACCACCUUCUGCUUGAAAUGCGGAGCUUUCUCAAGCAGCACAGUUUUGAUCAGGUGCCUCAGCUGUGCAUGGAGUUCCAUUUGAACUUUGAGGAGCCAUUCCUGCCCGAGGCAGACCCUCCUGUUGCACAGCCCCCUGCACCGCUUCGAAGUACACAGCGCCGCGCGUUGACUAUUGGCAUUAACUACUUUUCGCUGACCCCAGGUCAAGGACGAUUGUCAGGCUGCAUCAACGAUUCCGAGACGAUGAUCGCUGUCUUGAAGGAGACCUUCAAGUUCGAGGAUGGCCAGAUCUGUCGACUGCGGGAUGAUCGCACAAACAUGAUGCCGACCAAGGCCAACAUACUCUCUGCCAUGCGUUGGCUCACCCAGGGAGUCGGAAGCGGAGACGAGCUGUUUCUGCACUACAGUGGUCACGGCGGCCGCGCUGCCGAUCGGAGCGGAGAUGAAAUCACCGGCCAGGAUGACACCUUGAUCCCGUGCGACUUCCAGACUGCAGGGCAGAUCAGUGACGAUGAACUUCACAGCUUGCUGGUCGAGCAUUUGCCGGAGGCCUGCCGCCUUUGGGUGCUCUUCGAUUGUUGCCACAGUGGGACAGCGCUGGACCUCGCGUUCAAGGUGACCGCUUCUGCAGCGCUCGCCUUAGAGCCUUAG